UUUAACAGAAACAAAUCUUGAGUCUGUGGCAGGAUUCCAGCUCUUUUUGGUGACUUUUCUCUGGGUGCUGUCGCCGGUUAGUUUUAUGCAUUUCUCCGAUAGAGUAAAUCGGAAUCAUCGCAUUGAGCAAACUGGGAAGAAAAAAUGAAGUCACCGGAUCCAUGUUUUCUGUUGAUUUUAAUAGCAGUCAGCUCCUGUUCUGGAAUCUAUCUUCCGGGUUUAGCACCAGUCAGUUUUUGUGAGAAUGGAUCGAAAAGAGAUGCGGCGGAAUGUCAUACUAAGAUCCAGCUGUUUGUGAACAGACUAGACUCUUUGGAAUCAGUCCUCCCUUAUGAGUAUGACGCGUUUGAUUUCUGCAAAGAUAAAAUUGAAAGAAGACCUUCAGAGAACCUUGGGCAGGUGUUAUUUGGAGAGAGAAUAGAGACAUCCCCAUACAAGUUUUUGUUUAAGGCUGAACAGACAUGUAUGAAGGUCUGCACCAAAUCUUAUAAUACAUCUGAUAAAGAGGAUAAGUUAAAGCUGGAUUUUCUAAAGAGAGGAAUGGAGCUGAAUUACCAGCACCAAUGGAUUGUGGACAACAUGCCUGUAACGUGGUGUUACGUUGUGGAGGGCAAUCAGAAAAUCUGCAAUCCUGGAUUUCCAAUCGGAUGCCUAGUUAACCAAGAAGGAAAACCGAAGGAUGCCUGUGUUAUCAGUGCUGAGUUCAACAAGAAGAACACCUAUUAUCUUUUCAACCACGUGGACAUCACCAUAACUUACCACAGUGGGGAUGAACUGGCUGGUAUAGGUGCUCGACUUGUGGCAGCUACUCUGGAACCCAAGAGUGUCAAACACAGUGAUGAUGAAAACAAGUCUUGCGAAGGCCCUCCCAUGGAGAUACCAGCAGAAUUCAGCAGUAAUCUCAAUGUGACCUACUCCUAUUCAGUAAAAUUCAAUCAAAAUUUUGAGAUUAGGUGGGCUUCUCGGUGGGAUUACAUUUUGGUUUCCAUGCCCCACUCCAGCAUCCAGUGGUUCAGCAUCAUGAACUCAUUAGUCAUUGUGCUCUUCCUGUCUGGCAUGGUGGCCAUGAUCAUACUUAGAACAUUGCAUAAGGACAUUGCCAGGUACAACCAGAUUAACCAGACAGACUGGGUUAAGAUUCCUCCAGCUGCAAACUGUACCUAUGAAGAUGCUCAGGAAGAUUAUGGGUGGAAGCAGGUACAUGGAGACGUGUUCAGGUCACCCAAAAUGGGCAUGCUUCUAUCUGUCCUUCUUGGACAGGGCACUCAGAUCUUCACCAUGACUUUCAUCACCCUUUUCUUGGCCUGUCUGGGCUUCCUGUCUCCAGCCAACAGAGGAGCUCUCAUGACCUGUGCUGUGGUGCUGUGGGUUCUGCUCGGCACAUUUGCUGGCUAUGUCUCAGCCAGACUCUAUAAGACUUUUGGUGGUGAAAAAUGGAAAACCAAUGUUCUUCUCACAGCCUUUUUGUGUCCUGGAAUUGUGUUUGUGGACUUCUUCCUGAUGAAUCUGAUCUUGUGGGUAGAGGGCUCGUCUGCUGCGGUUCCCUUUGGGACACUCGUGGUCAUCCUGGCACUGUGGUUCGGCAUCUCUGUACCUCUCACAUUUGUGGGUGCAUACUUUGGCUUCAAGAAAACAGGCAUUGAGCCACCAGUGCGAACAAACCAGAUCCCACGCCAGAUUCCUCAGCAGACCUUCUUCACCAAACCUUUGCCAGGUAUCAUCAUGGGUGGCAUCCUGCCUUUUGGCUGCAUAUUCAUCCAGCUUUUCUUCAUCCUCAACAGUAUUUGGUCUCAUCAGAUGUAUUAUAUGUUUGGCUUCCUUUUCCUGGUCUUCAUCAUCCUGGUCAUCACCUGCUCAGAGACCACUGUUCUGCUCUGUUACUUCCAUUUAUGUGCUGAGGAUUAUCAUUGGUGGUGGCGAUCUUUCCUGACCAGCAGUUUUACAGCCGUAUAUCUGUUUGCCUACACAGUGCAUUACUUCUUUUCAAAACUACAAAUCGUAGGGGCCGCAAGCACCAUCCUCUACUUUGGAUACACCAUGAUCAUGGUGCUCAUUUUCUUUAUUUUCACAGGUACUAUAGGCUUUUUUGCCUGCUUCUGGUUUGUAAAUAAAAUCUACAGUGUGCUGAAAGUGGACUAAGGGAAGGAUAUUUGUAAAACAUAUAAUCUUUAUACGGAUCAGUGGAUGGACAUCUGAAGAGACAUUGAAGGGAAAGAAAACAUUUCAAAGGAAUAAGAAAACACCUCUUUCUUAACUAAUGCGUGGCUAAACUGUCUGUAUUUCACUUGGGUUUUAUAGGGAUUGAUUUUCCAAAAAGAAACAUUCUGCCAUAAUUUACUUCUUUUCAUGUUGUUCUUUUCAUGUUGUUCCACUCCUGUAUAAGUAAAUGAUGACAGAAUUUCCAUUUUCCCAUUCAAUUUGCACACUUACCUCCAAAGAAAUGUCUUAGUGCUUUGCUUGUCUCAUGUUGUCUAGAACUUCAAUCUAUUUUCUAAACAGUAUACUGAGAGCAGAAGCCCAUAUCUUUUGUAUAAAGUUAAGUCAAAUGCUUUUAUAAUGAAACCCAAAUGUACUAUUUGUUUUACUUAUUUUUUUAUAUUCAUUUGAAUAUUUAACACAAUUAUUUAUAUCUGUCCAUUGUUUUUAGUUUUUUUUAAAUGUUUCAUCUGUAUAUAAUUUGCUCAGAAAGGUCAGUCAUAGGGCGCAAUUUAUUAGAUUUGUGAACCCACCACAUUGCCUCUGAUGUCAUCUAUUGGUGGAUAUAAAUAAUGACUGUUAGUAUGUUCUCAUUAUCAAAAUAGUGUUAUUCUGUUCAUUUUGUUAUGGUUUUAUCUCUUUGACACAUUGUUUUAAUGGAAUGAAGGGAAUAAAAGAAUGGUUAAAUAGCACAUCUUUAGUUAUAGGGCAUUUUUAUACAAGUAAUAAUGUCUUAACAAUGGGAGAUAUUUAGUGCUUUUAUACUUUGUAAAUUAUUCAAAUGUGAGUUCAGAAAUGGCAAGGUCAUUCCAUAAUAAAACAUAUACAUGUUUGCACAUUUUGUUUCUAAAUCCCCACAGAAUGUACUGAGCUUUAUCAAGUCUUAUGAGGU